CUACACUACAUUGACUACUUCGACUUUCGAUUUGGCUUUUUUACUACUAAUAGCAUAGAAAAGAAAUAAAUAGUGUUUUAGUUUUAGUUUUGAUUUUGUUAGUAGAGUCAGUGUUAUUAGAGUGAGAGCAUUGUCAGAGUCGUCAAAUUCAAAUUAACUUAAUUAUUAACGUUAGCUUAUCACAUUUCGCAAAUCUUCGGAAAAUAAACAGGCCUACCAUUAUUUUAACCAACACUGUCCAGCCAGAACUAAAACUUUAGCCUAGGCCUACACCAAGGUACAUAAAUAGCAUUAAAGGCCUAACAUCUAGAGGAGUUGAGUGGUGUCACAACGUGCAUGGACUGUUUAAUCGGAGUUCUUAAUGCUGACUACAUCUUAUGUCUGACUAGGCAGAUAACAGGUCACAGGGUGCAAGGCAUGAUGAGAAGGAGCUCUUAAUACUACGUCUUAUGUCUGACUAUGCCCAUAACAGUGACAAUAGAGGAGCCCAGCAUCAACGAAACUGCUUAACAUUUAAAGAGUCUUACAAAAAAAAAGUUUACAAAUAGAGAUAAGCAUACAAGGCUUAUUGACCCUUCUGAUUAAUUAUGGGAUAAGUUUAUCUCAUGCCUUUCACAAAGAUAGAAAGUGGAAGAGUACAAAUGUUGAAAAACAUUAAAAAGCUUCCUCUUAAGUGUCCAAUAUGUGGAAAAUUGUUUACAAUUCGAGAAGAAAUGAAGAAUCAUUUAUUCAAUCACACGGGCGAGCGACCCUUUAAAUGUUUGACAUGUGACAAAACCUUUAUUCAUUUAAAAUAUGUAAAGAGACAUGUGUUGACACACACAGGGAAGUCUCCUUAUAAGUGCACUCUGUGUGGAAAAUCCUUUCCAUUAAAAAAAUAUUUAAAGUCACAUAAAUUAUGGGUUCAUACAGAAGAUAAACCUCAUAAGUACACUUCAUGUGGAAAAUCCUUUGCCUUCAAAUGCAAUUUAAAGUCACAUACAUUGAGUUUUCAUACAGAAGAAAAACCUUAUAAGUGCACUGCAUGUGGAAAAUCUUUUACCUUCAAAAACAAAUUGAAGUCACAUACAUUGAGUGUUCAUACAGAAGAGAAACCUUAUAAGUGCACUGAAUGUGGAAAAUCCUUUGCAUUCCAAUACAUUUUGAAGUCACAUACGUUGAAUGUUCAUACAGAAGAGACAUCUUAUAAGUGCACUCUAUGUGGAAAAUCUUUUGCAUCUAAAGGCAAUUUGAAGUCACAUAUAUUGAGUGCUCAUACAGAAGAGAAACCUUAUAAGUGCACUGAAUGUGGAAAACCAUUUGCCUUCAAAUCCAGUUUGAAGUCACAUACAUUGAGUAUUCAUACAGAAGAGAAACCUUACAAGUGCACUACAUGUGGAAAAUUAUUUUCAUUCAAAGGAAAUUUGAAGUCACAUACAUUGAGUGUUCAUAGAGAAAAGAAACCUUAUAAGUGCACUGAAUGUGAAAAAUCCUUUGCAUCCAAAGGCAAUUUAAGGUCACAUACAUUGAGUGUUCAUAGAGAAGAGAAACCUUAUAAGUGCACUCUAUGUGGAAAAUCUUUUACCUUCAAAAACAAAUUGAAGUCACAUACAUUGAGUGUUCAUACAGAAGAUAAACCUUAUAAGUGCACUGAAUGUGGAAAAUCCUUUGCAUUCCAAUACAUUUUGAAGUCACAUACGUUGAGUGUUCAUACAGAAGAGAAAUCUUAUAAGUGCACUCUAUGUGGAAAAUCUUUUGCAUCUAAAGGCAAUUUGAAGUCACAUAUAUUGAGUGCUCAUACAGAAGAGAAACCUUAUAAGUGCACUGAAUGUGGAAAACCAUUUGCCUUCAAAUCCAGUUUAAAGUCACAUAUAUUGAGUGUUCAUAAUGAAGAGAAACCUUAUCAUCAUUGCACUUUAUGUGGAAAAUCCUUUGCAUCCAAAGGCAAUUUGAAGUCACAUACAUUGAGUGUUCAUAGAGAAGAGAAACCUUAUAAGUGCACUGAAUGUGAAAAAUCCUUUGCAUCCAAAGGCAAUUUAAAGUCACACACAUUGAGUGUUCAUAGAGAAGAGAAACCUUAUAAGUGCACUCUAUGUGGAAAAUCCUUUGCAUUCAAAGGCAAUUUGAAGUCACACACAUUGAGUAUUCAUACAGAAGAGAAAGCUCACAUGUGCACUACAUGUGGAAAAUUCUUUUCAUUCAAAAAUAAAUUGAAGUCACAUAUAUUGAGUGUUCAUACAGAAGAGAAAACUUUUCAUUGCACUUCAUGUGGAAAAUCCUUUGCAUCCAAAGGCAAUCUGAAGUCACAUACAUUGAGUGUUCAUAGAGAAGAGAACCCUUAUAAGUGCACUGAAUGUGGAAAAUCAUUUGCCUUCAAAUCCAUUUUGAAGUCACAUAUAUUGAGUGCUCAUACAGAAGAGAAACCUCACAAGUGCACUGAAUGUGGAAAAUCAUUUGCCUUCAAAUCCAGUUUGAAGUCACACACAUUGAGUGUUCAUACAGAAGAGAAACCUCACAAGUGCACUGAAUGUGGAAAAUUCUUUUCAUUCAAAAGUAAUUUGAAGUCACAUAUAUUGAGUGUUCAUACAGAAGAGAAAACUUUUCAUUGCACUUCAUGUGGAAAAUCCUUUGCAUCCAAAGGCAAUCUGAAGUCUCAUAUAUUGAGUGUUCAUAGAGAAGAGAAACCUUAUAAGUGCAUCUCAUGUGGAAAAUCCUUUGCAUCUGUUUACUUUUUGAAAAGGCAUGUGAAAAAUCAUAUGGACCCAAAGAAUUGUAAAAGACAUGUAUUAAUUGUUGGUAAUAAGCAUCCUCUUAAGUGCACUACAUAUCUUUUGCACCAUAAAGCCAUAUAAAGGAACAUACAAUGUCUCAUGAAGGAGGGAAACCUUAUAUUCACACUACAAGUAGAAAAUCUUUAAAAACUGCAGUUACAUGUCAUUGAUAUUAUUAUUAUAUCCCUUAAUUUUAGUUAGGCUAUAAAUGUUGUUUUUAUUUAUUGCUGUAUAAAAAAACUAUGAAACCUGAUCGCUCCACUAAACUGGCUUUCACUGUAAUGAAAGCAAACCUAGUAACUGUUUUUGUACUGUAACAGAAUAUCUGAGACUUAUUAUUUAUGUAAAUAUAUAGCCUUAUUACAUAAUUGUUUUUGUAAUAAAGAACAAUAAAGGUACAAACCUUAGAUAGUAAUUUAUCAGUCCAAAAUCAAAAUAAAUACCACUAGUAAUUUUGUUAAACUCCUUUAGACUAAGUAUGACAGAUUUACCACAACAUCUAUUCAGGUAAAUAAAAUUAGAGUUCUUACUGUACAUUGCUCAGAAUUAUAUAUAUAUUUUUUUCAUUUUAUACAUUAA